CCAAACCGACACCAAACCCUACGUACCGAGCACAACACCGGGAGCGGCGCGCGGCGGCAUGGGCACGGGGACGGGGGUCGGCGCGCCCGCCGACCUGGUCCUGAAGGCGGCGUGCGAGCGCUGCGGCGCCGCGUCGGACCUCUACGGCACGUCGUGCCGGCACACCACCCUCUGCACCGGCUGCGGCAGGGCCGUGGCGCGCGCCCGCGGGCGCUGCGCCGUCUGUGCCGCCCCCGUCACCAGGCUCAUCCGGGAGUACGAUGUCCGGGUGGAUACCUCCGCGGAGAAGGCCCACUUCAUCGGCAGGUUCACCACCGGCUUGCCGCCCUUGUCGAAGAAGAGGAGCGCGGGGAACAGGUGGUCUCUCCGCAAGGAUGUCCCGCAAGGACGGCAGCUUACCGGGAACAUGCGGGAGAAGUACUACAGCAGGCGGCCUUGGUUUUUGGAGGAUGAGAUAUGUGAACAUCAGUAUCAAGGCCAAAUUGAAGACUCACCGGCUACAUACUAUUCACUAACGUUGAAAGGCAAGGAGAUCACUGCUGUUCCAGUUGGUUCCUGGUACAACUUCAGUAAAGUUGCACAGUAUAAACAGCUGACCUUGGAAGAAGCUGAAGAGAAGAUGAAUAGAAGGAGAAAUAGUGCAUUUGGAUAUGAACGGUGGCUGAUGAAGGCAGCUACAAAUGGAGCUGCUGCCUUUAGUUCGGAUGUGAAGAGGCUUGACGAUGUAAAUGGAGGGGUAACAAAUGGGGUUCACCCCAAGAAAGAAGAUAUGAAUGGGAAUGGAAAUCAAUCUGUCAAAGUUGAGGAGGACGAAGAAGGGGAAGCUGAAAGGAGAAACAGGGUUGGGCUUACUACUAAAGGCAUCGAUGAGGACGGCGAGGAAAGCGGGAAGGACAGAGACUUCGAUUUGGAUGAUGAAAUUGAGAAAGGUGAUGAUUGGGAGCACGAAGAAACCUUCACUGAUGAUGAUGAGACUCUGGACAUUGAUAUAGAGGAAAGACCUGAUUUAGCAGAUCCUGAGGCUGCUCCUCCUGAAAUUAAGCAGGAUGACAACGAGAAUGAAUUAGGCAGCAGCGACAACUUGAGCAAGUCCGGUCAGGAGCUAAAAAAGCUACUCCGCCGAGCUGCUGGGGAAAAUGAGUCUGACACCGACGACAAAAACACAGAUGAAGAUGAACCAUCAUCGCCAGAAUGUGCUCCAAAACAACUGGUUGUACCCAAAAAUGAACAAGUGGAUAGCAACCUUGCUAAACCAACACCAUCAGCGCACGCUCAGGACCCUACACCUCCAUCCAAAGCCACUCAAAAGAGGAGAUCAGGGGGUGGUGGUGCAAAUACUUCUAAUGCUGCAGCCUCCAAAAAGAUAAAGACAGAACCUGUAACCAGAAUGUUGUCUGUCAAGGAUGAAAUUCCGUCUUCUUUGGAACCAACUUCAGAAGCAUCUCUUCCAGCAAGUACGGCAGAAUUAUCACCCAUCACAGAGGAGGAAGUCAGGACAGUACUUCGUGCACUUGCACCAGUCACAUCUCAAGAUCUGGUGUUGAGGUUCAGGCCUCGUUUAGUAACUCAAGAGGACAAAAGAGCAUUUCUUAACAUUGUGAAGAAAAUCUCUCACAUGUUUAAGAACAACGGCCGUAACUACCUCGUCCUUCGGCAGGAACACAAGUGAACAGACAAAUUACCCCACCUGUAUAUGGCCAUAGUGUUAUGCCCUUCUAUCAUAACAGCCAUCUGGAUACCGUAGAUUUGUUUCGGAAAUGCAGGAUACAACAGUGUAACGGAUUCGUUUAUUCCUCAGUGCAACAAAAUAGAUCAUUCUUUUUUUCCCCUUC